GCGGGGCCCGCGGGGCCGGGGAUGGAGGCCGUGUCUCGGGCCGUGACUCGGGCCGCGCUGCUCGGGGUGUCGGCGGCGGUGGUCGGGGGUCUGAUCUACACCGCGUGGACCGCACUGUGCAGAGGCGGAGAGUGUGUGGAGGAGCCGCGGGCCAUCGGGCAGCAGGAGGAUCCGGAUCCCGAUCCCAAGGACAAUGUUAAACAGAUUCUGGUUCUGGGGCUGGAUGGCUCAGGGAAGACCAGCGUAUUGCACAGUUUAUCCAAUAACACAGCCAAAAGGAGUGAUGGACCCACUAAAAAGUUUAACAGUGUCUGUGUUAAGAUUGAAGAAGCUGAAAUAGAAUUCCUAGAGAUUGGUGGUGGUGAGCCUUUGCGCAAGAGUUGGCACAGCUAUCUGUCAGAUUCACAGGCAUUGAUUUAUGUUGUGGAUUCAGCCGACCACGAACGCAUGCCUCUCGCUAAACAGGAGCUUCACCAACUGAUCCAAGCAGACGCUACACUUCCUGUUGUUGUUUUGGCCAAUAAGCAGGACCUCGAAGGGGCGUACAGCAUUUUAGAAAUCCAUGAGCAGCUUUCCUUGUCUGAGCUCGGUGAUGAGAGGAAGCUUUUCCUCAUUGGAACCCACGUGGCCGAGGAUGGGUCACCAAUACCAACGAGUGUCCAAGAUGCUAAGGAACUCAUCGCCCAGCUGGUGCUAAACUGAUGAUUGAGCUUGUAACCCCUGUUCUGAUUCUGCUUUUACUAAUUACCUGUUGGUCAUGUUUUCAUAAGCAACAUUUUUUAAAAAGCAAAGCUCAUUGCAAAUCUCUGUUCUUUUUUGUGCGAUGGAGAAACUGAUUUUUUCCCCCUCCCAUUUAAGGAACGAGUUGUAAAAACACAUCUGGGCUUAAUAUAUAGCCAGGAAUGUUUUUGCAUAGUGGAGGUAUGUUUUGCACUUUAUUGCACAUCAUCGGAUUGUUGAGAAAGCUGUCCAAAGUUGUUGUAAUAAACACUGUAAUAAACUAUAGCAGUUUUUGAUAGUUAUUGUAAACCUCUCCUGAUUCAAUUUGUCUUCCUAACGGAUUGAUCACAUACUUCCAAUGCAGUAAAUAAUACAGUAGGAAUCUUCCAUUGAUUGAAUUUUUAUUGCUUCAAACAUUUCUGCAUUGAUUUGGGUGAAACAGGGAACAAUUAUACCCAUAUAAAUUGUAACUGUAA